CGUCUGUGCGCCAUGCCGCAGUGCUGUGUCCCUCACUGUUAUAACAGGUUCGAGUCCAAGAAAAGUCUUCGGCUCUCGUUCCACCGCUUUCCCAGCGACGAGACGGAGCGGGCGAGAUGGCUGCAGUUGAUAAGUCGUGAAAACUUCACCCCAAACUACAACUCGAGGGUUUGCAGUUGGCAUUUCCCCAAUGGCAAAGCUGCUGGGCCAACGCGAUUCGCAUGGAACGAGGGGAAGUCUUUCCAGGUCAGUGCUUCUGUAUCUGAGAUGAUGUCAGAAGCUGAGUCAGUGGAGGUAGAAAGUGUUGCUGAAGGCAAGGAUGAGGUAAGCGCACGUAAAGCCACGGCUGACAAACCAGAUGCUGGCCAGCUUCCAAAGAAAUCUGCUGUGCAGCCCCUUAUGCUGUCUCCAGACUUGUUAUCUGGGCAUAGUGAGUUUGGAUGCACUAUCUGUGGUGAAAGAUGCUUCUCUCUGGCCCAGCUGGCCAAACACGUGCAGUUCCAUGAUUGUGACCGGCCAUUCCCUUGCGCCAUCUGUGGCAAGCGCUUCCUGAGCCGUAGCCACCACGCGGAGCAUCAGCGUGUCCACACAGGAGAGAGGCCUUUCCCCUGUAACCGCUGUGAGCGUGCCUUCACCACCCAUCACAAUCUGAAACGCCACCAGCUCAUCCACGACAAGGAGGAGAUGUACCGCUGUUCAGUGUGUGGGGUGCUCUUCUGCCAGGAGCACCAGCUGGGGAACAUUGGCGGCAUUAUCAGAGUUCUGAAGCAGCACAACAUGGAAAAUCUGAUUGAUCCUCGGGAGCUUCAGGAACCUGAAUCAGUGCCUAAGGCAGAACCUGCAGUAGAGACCUUACCAAAUCUAAGCCUGAAAACUAUAAUUAAAAAGGAGCCAAAUGCCAUCCAAAAGAAGAGAAAGCAUGAGCACCUUCAUUCAGAUGAAGAUUGUUCCCCUUUUGUUGAUGGGGAAGGAAAAGAGAGCCCACUGUCAUUCCAUUCACAGGUCUCUCAGAUUCAUACUAGCAAAGAGAAGGAUUUCAGUGAUUUAGGUCAUAGGACAGGGCCCAGGAUACAGAAGAUUGCUUAUGACAUUGAGAUCAUCUUAUAAGCCUGUAUAACACAUUUUUUUCUUAAACAUUCUCAAACAGCCAGCAUUUCAGUGUCUGUGUUGGGUGUGUGCUGGUAACCUUAGUGAGGUCAUUUGUAAUUUUUGAUCUGCUCCUAGUCAUUUAUUAUUAGGUCCGGCUACCUUGUAUCUGCACUUUUUGUGCAUUUUAUCAGGUCCAUUUACCAUAUAGGUGCACUUUAUAGUUGUACUGUCACAGACUGUAGUCCAUCUGUUUGUCUCCAUAAUUUGUUGGCCCCCUUUACCAUGUUCAGCAAUGGUCAGGACCACCACUGAGCAGGUGUGGUUUGGAUGGAUCAUUCUCAGCACAGCAAAGAAAUUGACAUGACAGUGGUAUGUUGGUGAGUAUAAGUGGAUCAGACACAGCAUCGUUGCUGGAGCUUUAAAACAUCGUCCACUCACAGUUCAAUCUGUUAGACACGUCUUGUUGGUUCAAUUUGUAGAUCUAAAGUCAGAGAUGGCAGCUCAUCUGUUGCUGCACAAUUUGUAUUGUUCAUCCUCUAGGCCUUCAUCAGUGGUUAUAGGAUGCUGCCCACAGGACACUUUAGGCUGGAUAUUUUUGGUUCUCAGUCCAGCAGUGACACUGAGGUGUUUAAACUCCUGCAGCACUUCUGUGUCUGAUCCAUUCUGUGCAGAAAACUCACAUAUUACUGUGUCACUGCAGAGCUGAGAAUGAUCCACCACCCAAAUAAUACCUACUCAGCAGUGGUACCUGUGGUCAUCCUGAACAUUGAUCAGUGAAGUAAAGAAAGGCUAACAAAGUAUGCAGAGAAACGGAUCGACUACAGUCUGUAAUUAUGAACCUACAAAGUGCAACUACAUGGUAAGUGGAGCUGAUCCAAUGGACAAUGAGUGUAGUGACAAGGUAGGUGUGCCUAGAUGGUUAAAUACACACAUAUUAUGAAAUGCAAUCUAACACUUUUUUGUAACUUUUGCCUUUUUUUAUAACAUGAUCAUGAAAUCAAUUCUUUGAAUUUCUUUCCUACUUUAUAUUAUCAGUUUAGUCUUUUUCCCUCCAGUCAUGUUGUAUUUUUUUUCCUCUGACACCAUGAAAUGCCUUUUUUUUUAAGUGAGUAUAAUUCUUAGAACCUUUUAUGUCAGAUAUAAAAUACUUUGUUCAUCUACUAAAACUGAGAUUAUUUUCUAAGUUUCUUGUUUUUCUUCACUGAAAGUAUGUUUACUACCAUAAGUGAAAUUAAAUACAUUUCCUCACUG